AUGUUGGUCUCUGCAACUCCGGCUUUCGGCGCCUCGACGCGAUCAAGACGGCUACUGACUGCUUUGGCGCUUCCAGCAACCACGCAUUGCUACACGACGUUACCAUCAAGAUGUAUCUAUCCCUACAACGACUCGCGGCCAAUAACGUUUUGCGCUCAGCGUUGCUCUGAUUCAUCUGCACGUCGCCUGGCUUCGUACGCUAGACCUACCCCACCUCCUCUCACGCUGGAGACAAAUGCGUUGCAGGUCACGGAUCCUCUCCUUAUCUAUCGCGCCAAAGUCGCACGUGGUGAGCUCGAAGAAGACGAAGAACAGCUUCGUGCACUUGUCGAGCUGCGCCGUAUCAACCGCACACUUCGCGACUACGUGCCACCAGCGCAUCUUCUUGGCAUCCUCAACCAUGACUCGCAAAGUGCUUCCUCUGCAGCGCUCGCCUCAGCCAUCGACUCGCGCCUACGUCCCGGAGCGAAAGAGAUGCAAGACGAGCGUACCUCGCAAGCCUCUUACUCGUCCCAGUCCAAGCGCGAAAACAUCGGCGAUCUCGUCCGCUGGCUCAGCGAGAGCGAAGGCUUAGCACAACUCGGCACUCCGAAAGGUCUCCUGAUCACCGGCACACCCGGUACUGGCAAAAGCAUGGUCAUGGACAUCUUCUAUGACUCACUCCCCACCAGGUACAAGUUUCGUCGACACUACCAUCACCUCUUGCUUGAUCUUUACAAGAUCAUCUGGCAGGAGGCGGAACGUCGACGUCGAGCUGUGCAACAGGGUACACCGCGUCCAACAGCAACUCCUCAGAUCGGCACAGGCGCCGUUUGGACGCGCAGCCACAAGUCUUCCGCUUGGAGACGCGCUCUUCGUGGCAUGCCGUUUUUCCGUCCAGAUUCGCUGGCCGACGAUGCAAGUCAACAGUUGCAGUACAUUCCCGGCCCCGAUGGCGAUGUGGUCAAGACGACACUGCCUCUGCAUGCCGCUGCCCACCUUUUCUUGAACCAUGGCCAUAUUUUGUUGUUCGAUGAAAUCCAGUUGGUCGAUGUAGCCAGUGCCGGCUUGUUGCGGCGUACGCUCGAGGCGUACUGGAGGUUGGGCGGUGUGGUAAUUGGCACGAGCAACCGGAUUCCCAAGGAUCUGUACGCAAGCAACGUGCAGAGGGGCCAGUUGACGCAAUUCCUCGAGAUUCUACAGGAGAGAUGUCCCAACCACGAGAUGAGGAGGAACCGUGAUUUCAGGAGAGAGCCUUUCUACCGCCAAGAAUGGCUCGAUCGCGAUCGCCAUCAGAAUGACGAUGAUAGCCAAGAGCAGCCACAGCCAAACAGCACCAAGGCCAACCUUGACGCCGCUGCCGAUGUUGAGAGCGCGGCGCAGACAUCGUACUUUCUUCGCAGCGAAGCGGACAAGUAUGAUCGCAUGGUAGCGCAAGUGCUGGGAGGACGCACUACUGUUCCUGCUACACUCAACGUGUAUGGGCGCAAGCUGCAUGUGCCACGUUCCAUCUCUGCGACCGACGAGCUGCCCAGCAUAUGUCAAUUCACGUUUUCCGAGCUGUGCGAUACGCCUCUUGGACCGGCCGACUAUCUGACGCUGGCGUCCACGUACCACACCCUGAUCCUCGAAGGUGUACCGCAAAUGACGCUCAUGCAGAAGAACCAGGCAAGGCGAAUGAUCACGUUGCUCGAUGCGGUGUACGAAGCGGGUUGUCGCCUAGUCGUUCUCGCCGACGCGGGACCUGAUGAGCUCUUUUUUCCGGACGCCGAGCGUGCAGCUCGUCAUGCAGCUAACGGACCCGCUGCUGGACCCGGCGAUGUCCGCCCCGAAUUGCAGUACAGUGCCACCAAUACGAUGGAAGACAUAGUCGACAUGUCGACCAAAGGCGGCCGCUCCCCGUUCCUCACUCCUCCACCCGGUGUAUCCUAUCCGGAGGAAGAAGAACUUGCUCGUCGCAGGACAAACCAACGCAUCGAUAUGAAUCAAGACGAGUUCAUGACUGAAUCGCUCAUCAUGGCGGAAACGCUUUCAGAAGCCAUGCAGGAUACCGAGGAAGGCUUCCGGCCCAACAUCUCGGCCUACUCUUCCGAUCGUCCCUCGCGCUCAUCCACGUCGCAAGCUCAAGCUGUUGUCAACAAGGAUGACAAGGUCGGAUUCAAGCACCUGGCCAUCUUUAGCGGCGAGGACGAACGGUUUUCGUACCAACGAGCGGUAUCGAGGUUGUUCGAAAUGAGUCAUCCGGAUUGGAUGCGUCGCAAAGGGUGGCGUCCGUUCCUGUCGGAUGAGAUGGACGCAUGGGCGGGGACGUCGGCUGUUGCGCACUCGGUCGGUAAGGCGGUAGCUAACGAGAUGCAUCAAGCACAUCGCCCUUUGGAUAGUGCGCCAAACGCUGCGGGUGUCACUUCGGCUGUGUCGGCGGAUUCGCCUGCAAGCUAUGUAGAUACGGAUGGAGAUUUUGCGCAAGAGGCCUCGUACGAAACCGCAUGUUUCCCCGGUCGCUCGCGUGUGCAGACCGAGCUUGAGCUGGAGCACGAGACGGACGAGUUGAAGCGCGAAACGCUGCAAGCUCAACCCAAGUCUGAAGCGCCGGAUUUCACGCCCGGACCGAUCGGUAAGAAGCGCAGUCGAGACCAAGGACCACCUGUGCUGUCUGAAGAUCAUGUUUGGGGAGUUCGCGAGGACUGGGGUAAACGAGCGGGUGCUUGGGGUAAAGGCUCGGCUAUCUUUGCUGAUAGCACCACGGAUGGGGGCUGUCAGUCUACGCGAGCUGUGGGACGGCGUGGUAGUUCUCGUACGACAUUGUCGCGUGGCAGCAAUGGUGGUGGUGGUGGGAACAAGCGAAGCUUUUCUUGGACCGCUUUCACAGGCGCACGCACCAUUGACUUUUACCAAACGCUCCAGGUGGAGCGAGGUGCAACACAGGCACAGAUCAAGUCGCAGUUCUACAAGCUCUCUAAAGAGCUGCAUCCGGAUGUGAACCCGUCAGAUGAUGCAAAGAAGCGGUUCCAAGAAGUGUCCGAGGCGUAUGCCACGCUAGGUCAACCGACGAAUCGUCGAUCGUACGACCGACAGUCGUCGGCUUCGCCAGCUGCGUAUGGCGAUAAUGUGGGUUCGCGUUCGCGCGGCGCGUAUUUCUACGAUGCGCAAGACAAUGUGAAUCGUCGCGCCAGGGCUACGUAUGCUUGGGACUAUCAGCGACGACGAAAAGCGGCCGACUCGCAGAAUGCAGCAAGGCAAAGUGCCAGCUUUAACGAGUCGGCCACACGCGCGCGCGCCGACGCGAUGCGCACUGGUAGCGAUACUGCGUUCGAGACCUUGGCAGCACAGCAGAGGGAGAGAGAAGCCCGAAAUCGUGCCAGAAACUCAAGUAGCACGGCCAGCGCCAUGCAGCAAAGAGCAUACCAGGCAGAUGUAGCAAACCCACUCGUCAGGUUCGGCCAGGUCGUCGUCAUGCUCUACUUGGUAUACAAGGCUGGCACGUUCUUCGUAGCUAACGCAGAUACCACCUCCCCCAGGUCCAGAGAUGCUAGGAAGUCAUAG